CUUCUGCUGCUGUGGGCAGGCACAGCAGGGCAGGGUUUGCUCAGUUUUUGAGCUGGGCCUAAAGUUCAUGUCCAGCUGUCUUAGAUACUUUGGACAACGGACUCCUUUCGACCUGGGGCAGGUUGGGCAGGCGGGGAGAGGCCCCAGGGCAGGUGGCGGUGUGUCACAGGGCCCUUUGUGACACGGUGGGCAUCGUCGAUGGUGUGCAACGGGGCAGGGUGUCACAGGGCCCUUUGUGACACGUCCUGACAUAGUACCGGUGGUGACGUGGCCACGCCUCAGUGCUCCUCGGAGCGUGCGACGGGACGGACGGAACAGAGCGGUGCUGUGCGGAGCCCCCGUGCAGCCAACUCCUUCCUUGCUGACCCGGAGCGUUUUGGAGGCUUUUCUGUGGUGCAAGCGCCCUCGAGGCCAGAUCGCGGGACUUGGUGACGCGGAGCUUUGGCGAGGUGUCUCCAAGCCCUGUGGCGAGUGCCCUUGAGGCCACACCGCAGGACUUGAGAACCCCUACCCUUUCCUAGGUUUUUCUCCAGUUCAGUUGCCCUUGAGGCCAGAUCGCAGGAUUGGUGACCCGGAAAUUUUCCGAGGAGUCUCCAAUCCCUGUGGCAGGUGGCCUAGAGGGCAGCCUGCAAGACUUGAGGACACGGAGAUCUUCCGAGGCGUCUCUCUCUUGCAGGUGCCCUCAAGGCCAGACUGCAGGAUGGCGGAAAGACGCCGGAGCCUGCUCAGGCCCUUUCGGACGAAGAAGGCAGGCCCUGGGACUGACCCAACAGAGCAGCCUGAAGAGGUGGAGCAGUCCCAGCCCCUGCAGGAGGAUGCAGGCCUGCAACGGACACCAGAGCAGGACCGUGCCCGGGGCCGCUUCCGCGGGGCAGCACAGGCCUUUCUGAAAUUCUUGAGCGUUCGGCGUAGAAAGUACAGGAUCACGCCAAUUGAGGUCGUGGCGCAGCCUGACCCUACGCCGACCGAGCUCAACGCUGACCCCGAUGUCGGCACCGCGUCGACGGACGGCACGGCAAACCGUGACACCGCGGUGACCGAUGGCAUGACAAACGCUGACAGCACACCCGUUCAGCGCCUGCCCGAUGCUCCCAGUCUGCAUGUUCCUGAGGAGAGAGUUGUCUCUGCUCAAGUGCCAGCUCUGGUCAGGUCCAUCCACUCAUGGCUGACCUCCAAUGUGUCUGCUGGGCACGUGCUGGAUAAGACCCUCCUAGCACUGACCGAGGCACACCCCGUGGAUGUCGCCAUCACCCUCCUGCGCUGUGCCCCCUCGUGUGACAGAGCUGCCGCAGCCAUGUGGAGGACCAUAGCCUCAUCGGGAAGGACACUGCAGAAGGUGCUGCCGACCCUGCUCGACGCGAUGGAGGACUGGCCGUGGUACUACACGGGCACCUCCGAUGGGGACAACACAGAUGUCUUCGCCCUGGCUGCAACUCUGGCACUCUGGAUGAUUGUCCAGGAGCCCCAGUGCCCGGGGCCUUUGAUGGACUACUCCCCCCAUCUCCUCGUGGAUCUGCUCUUGCAAGUCUUCCUCAGCACAGAGCAGACGUCAGAGGAGGUCGACACGUUCUGGAGGGGAUGCCAGGAGCAACACGACCUUCCCACCGAGCCCAACAGGUUUGCAGUGCUGGCCAUGAAGGCCCUGCUCUGCUGUCUCCACUGUGAGGAUGCGGUGAAUUCAGUGGAAGACAAUGGUGGCUGGGCCAGGCUCCUCAGCGCUCGCAGCCGCCACUGCACAGUGGCUCUGCUGGCCAGGGAGAAGCGCCACGUCUCCAGCCCCUUGUGUUCCCGCAUCACACUCCACCUGCUGGAGCUGCUGAGCAGGGAGGAGCCAUGCUGGGACCUGCCUGCCAUGGCAUUCCUUGUGGAGGUCCUGGACUGCCUGGACACCAGAGAAUGCGGUGACAGGGUCCUGGAGAUUCUUUCAAGGAACUCGGGGAGCACCAACACAGAGCGGCGUCAACUGGCGCUCCGAGUCCUCGUGGCACUCAGCCAGGAUCCCGUGAUGGCCAAGAGCAUCUGGAGCCUGAACGAAAGGCUCGUGCAGCUACUGGGGGAUGCAGACAGAGAUGUGGUUUGGAUGACCCUCUCUGUGUUCAACAAUGUGCUCUGGAGCAGUCUGUGGACACAGCGCCACAAGAGAGUCCACAGCAAAGACCCCCUAAUAGCCCCCCCCACCGGCCUGCAGUUGGCUGAGGCGCUCCGGCCACUCUUUGACCACGAGGACAGCAGUGUGCAGGAGGGCUCCAUGGCCCUCUUCACUCGUGUGAUCCAACUGAUCGAGAGAGAGGGAAAGAGGCCCCUGAAGCCACUCGUGUGCCUGAGCCUGCUCCCGCUCUACUUCCACCGGCAUGAUGAGAAGGUGGUCGUGAAAAAGGCCUCUCGGAAAGCACUGCUGGCUGUGACCAGGUUCCUGAAGAGGAGGGAUCUCAGGCACCUGGUGAACACAGAGGAGCCACGGAGCUUUGGCGAGUGCCUGCUGAAAAAGGACCGGAGCCGAGUGGCCAAGUACAUGCACCAGGCCCUGCCGUACCUGCGGAGCCCACAGCAGCCCCUGCGAGAGGCAGCCAUCAAGUUCAUGGGGAUCGCCGGCGGGUACCUGAGGGGACAGCCCAAAGAGCUGCAGCUCAUCAUCGAUG